AGCACCCGAAAAGACAUCAAAAAUCCUCUCCCUAAGCUCCGUAUAAUAAUAAACAAAUCUUCGGUUCCUCUGCGGAAAAAUAAAUGGAAAAACUCUCGGGUCCUGACGAAUUUUAUUCCACCACAUUUCCACCCACUUUUCGAUAAUUUCCCGGUGCCUAUCGGCGAUUGGGGGGGCAGAGUUCGAGGAAUUCAGGGUUCGUAAAGUUUAUUUUGAGUGGAGGAAGAAAAAACGAAGACUUUUGUGUCACUGUGACAGACGUUUCAGCCGAGGUGCGUGGGAGUGAACAAUUAUUUUUUUUUUAAUAAAAAUUUUUCAAAAAUGGGGAGCACCGAUAAAGCUGUUAUUACUGGAUUCAUAUGCAGACUCUGUAGUAAAAUGAAUCGUUUUGUUAUUCAUAUUUACGGUGAGGAGGGCGAGAGGAUGAAACUCGCUGAGAAAAUUAAUGCCUAUCUCCCGAUUGAGAUUAAAAUGAACGAUCCUCUGCCGAAAACUGCCUGCCUACACUGCAUCGAACGACUGGAGGCCCACCACAAGCUCAUGGAAAAAAUACUAUUCGCGAGGAAACGAUUAGGAAUGGACUCAGAAAUGAAGGAAGUCCCUGAGCAAACGACAACGAGCUCUGUCACAGUGGAUGCUGCGCCAGCCUCAAAUUCCCCUCCAUGUUGACACAUUGUCCUAAUUAAAUCAUGAGAAAUGAUCGAUAAUAAUUUUCGCUCAAUCGAGUCUCAUAAGUCCUUGUAUUUUCAAAUUUUUGUGUAAUAAUUUAAGCUGUUGAAUCAUCGAGAACAUAUAAUUAUCAUUUUUAUAGGUGAAUUUAUUGAUUUCGUUGGGGAGAAAAUGUCGAAAAAUAACGUGCACAUUAUUUUCUGAUUUAUUUUUCACUUUAUUUUGCAUCUUGCCAAACAUAAUGUUUU